AAAAAUUGUUAUGUUUGGGUUAAUCUUCUUGUCUUGUUCAACAGCUGAUCAAGAAAACCUGUGACACAAACCUUGCUAUUUUCAUGAAACUAAUACGUUUAGCUGUACGAAAUAUUCUUUGUUUUGAAGUCGCUAGUCAAAGACACCUUACGACUACUGCAAUAAUGAAGAGAUACCAGAGGCGAAACAAAUCUCAAAGUCUUAACAAUGACCCAUUCUCUCUUCACAACGUUGUAAAAGGUAUUGAAAAAUUUGCACCGUUAAGUUUGGCAGAAUCCUGGGAUAAUGUUGGUUUGUUGGUGGAGCCACCUUCUUUAAAACAGGUAAAACGAGUCCUUCUUACCAAUGACCUCUCUGAAAGUGUGCUAGCAGAGGCCCUUGAUAUUGGGGUGCAGCUAAUAAUAGCCUAUCACCCUCUAAUAUUCCGUCCAAUUAAAUCUGUACGGACAGAAGAUUGGAAAGAAGCAAUUGUUGGAAAUCUCCUAGAAAAAAAAAUCGCUUUGUACAGUCCGCAUACUGCUUGGGAUUGUGUGGAAGGAGGUGUCAAUGAUUGGCUAGCGGAAGCAUUUGGUAAGGAUUCUUCUGUUGAACCACUAAAGAAGCACGAUGAUGGAGCCAACAUGAAGAUCGUCAGUGCAUUGUUUGACAGUUCUGAAUCAGCAGAGAAAGCAAUGUCAGAUAUAAAUGCUGCCCUGACCUGCUCUAUACACACAUUCCAGGAGAAAAAUGGGAAAGUGUGGUUGAAGAUAUAUGUUGAUAAUGAAUAUCUUUGCUUGCCUCAUCUCCAUUCAGCUACUAAAGUUGAACUCAAUCAACAUAAAAAAAUUUCAUCAAGAAUAAAUGCUGGGUUAGGACGAAAAGUCCUGCUGAAGGAAUCCAUUACUCUUCAAACUGCAGUUUCACUUGUAAAAAGUCAUCUUGGUUUACCUGAUGUAGCAGUUGCAACUGUACCUGGUGAAAAAUACGAAAGCACAGUAGUGAAGACCAUAGCAAUUUGUGCUGGAUCGGGUGGUUCAGUCCUUAAUGGUGUGGAUGCCGACUUAUAUCUCACAGGUGAGAUGUCACAUCAUGAAGUCCUGGAUAUAGUGCAUAAGGGAACUCAUGUCAUUCUAACUCGUCACUCAAAUUCUGAAAGGGGCUUCUUGCACGUUGCUGCAAAACACCACCUUAAGAGGUUGUUGCCAGAGGUUGAAUUCAUUGUGUCCUCUGUCGACAAAGAUCCCCUGGAAACCAAAUAAUUUAAAAUAGAGGACACUCUGGCUUGAAACUAUUUCUUUGAAGUUAAUCAAAAGAAUGUUCCGUGCUGGUGUUUGUUAUAAUUAUAUUCAAAAAUACAUUUGAUCUGAAAGGAA